AUGGCACAGAAGACGACCCUCAAGGAAUUCGAAUCCGUCUUCCCCAAGCUGGAAGAGAUCCUUGUUGAACAUGCUAAGAAGUACAAUCUCCCGAGUGAGCAGCUCGACUGGUACAAGCUGAGUCUCGAGACGAACACUCUCGGCGGCAAGUGCAACCGCGGCAUGUCGGUGCCCGACUCGGUGUCGCUGCUUCAAGGGCGGGCUCUGACCGAGGACGAGUACUUCCACUCGGCGACGCUGGGGUGGAUGACGGAGUUGCUGCAGGCCUUCUUCCUAGUGUCGGACGACAUCAUGGACAGCAGCAUCACGCGGCGGGGGAAGCCGUGCUGGUACCGACAGGAGGGCGUGGGCAUGGUGGCCAUCAACGACGCCUUCAUGCUCGAGUCGGCCAUCUACACGCUGCUCAAGAAACUGUUCCGCACCCACCCUCGCUACGUCGACCUGAUCGAGCUAUUCCACGAGGUGACGUUCCAGACGGAGAUCGGCCAGCUGUGCGACCUUCUGACAGCGCCCGAAGACGUGGUCAACCUCGACAACUUUAGCAUGGACAAGUACCGCUUCAUCGUCAUCUACAAGACGGCCUACUACAGCUUCUACCUGCCCGUGGCCCUGGCCCUGUAUCAGCUUGACAUUGCCACUCCCGAGAAUCUCAAGCAGGCCGAGGACAUCCUGAUCCCCCUGGGCGAGUACUUCCAGAUCCAGGACGACUACCUUGACAACUUCGGUCUGCCCGAGCACAUUGGCAAGAUUGGCACCGACAUCAUGGACAACAAGUGCUCGUGGCUCGUAAACCAGGCCCUCGCCAUCGUGACCCCCGAGCAGCGCGAGAUUCUCGCCGAGAACUACGGCCGCAAGAACAAGGAUAACGAGGCCGUUAUCAAGAAGCUGUACAACGACCUCAAGCUCGAGCAGCUGUACCAGGAGUACGAGGAGAAGCGCGUGGGCGAGAUCCGCGCUUUGAUUGCUAAUAUCGACGAGAGCCAGGGCCUGAAGAAGGAAGUUUUCGAGACCUUCCUGUCCAAGAUUUACAAGCGCAGCAAGUAA